AUGCAUACUUUCAAAUCUCAUCCCAUCAUCUAUCACAAACAUUUAGACCUAAAUUCCAUGAAAGAAUUACCAGAAUCACAUGCAUGGUUGUCUCCAGAUCAUGGGUCUCCUUCUAAAGCCUCCAGCAAUCCAGAUUCAGUUCCAGUUAUCAAUCUUCAAGAUCCAAACUCCAUGAAACUUGUUGGCCAUGCAUGCAAGACCUGGGGUGUGUUUCAGAUCACCAAUCAUGGAGUUCCUGCAAAUCUUCUUCAAGAUAUGGAGUCUGCAGGCAGAAAGCUGUUUGCACUUCCGAUUCAGCAGAAACUUAAAGCGGCUCGAGCUCCGGACGGGGUUUCUGGCUAUGGUGUCGCGAGGAUAUCUUCGUUUUUCCCGAAACUUAUGUGGUCCGAAGGGUUUACGAUCAUUGGAUCGGUUUAUGAACAUGCUCGUAAACUAUGGCCCAAGAGUUAUACUACCUUCUGUAAUUUGAUUGAAGAAUACAACGAAGAAAUGAACAAAUUAGCGGAAAAACUCAUGAGUUUGAUGUUGGGAUCAUUAGGGGUUACAAUGGAAGAUGUACAAUGGGCUAACUCAAAUGGUUCAUGUCCAGCUUUACAGUUCAACUCCUACCCAGCUUGUCCCGAUCCAGAGCGAGCCAUGGGUCUAGCGGCUCACACCGAUUCGACCCUCUUAACCAUUCUUCAUCAAAACAACACAAGUGGACUCCAGGCUCACAGGGACGGACCCGGAUGGGUCACAGUCCCUCCAAUCCCUGGAGCACUUGUGGUCAAUGUAGGUGACCUACUUCACAUACUAUCCAACGGUUUAUACCCAAGUGUCCUUCACCGAGCCGUAGUAAACCGCACCCAACACCGCCUAUCCAUCGCUUAUCUUUACGGACCACCAUCAAAUGUCCAAAUCUCACCUCUAUCCAAACUCACAGACCAAAUCCACCCGCCUCUUUUCCGACCUGUCACAUGGAGCGAAUACCUUGGCACGAAAGCGAAACACUUCAACAAAGCAUUAUCUUCGGUCCGUUUAUGCGCACCCUUGAACGGAUUCGUCGAUUCCAACGACCACAACGGAGUACGAGUUGGCUGAAAACGUGUAUAAACUCUUAGAGAAAGAUAACGUUGUAUGAAGGUUAAGGAGAUGGGAGGGUAUAGUAUAAACAAAGAAGCU